AUGGUGCUGUUAGAAUAUGGAAUCCCUGCCAAGUUUGUUGAUCUGAUAAUGGAAUGUGUUAUGACUGUAAGCUAUUCAUUGUUGCUUAAUGGAGGAAUGACACCUAAAUUUCAAGCAAAAAAGAUCAUGUGUUGCCGAGCAGACAGAAUCUCAAUGCAGCUGAUACUUCAGGCAUUCCACCCUUUUUCUGAUGUAACUGGACUACAAGCAAACAUGGAAAAAAGUUCAUUCUAUGUGGCUGGAGUAACUGAGCAAUUCAAAGCCUCAAUUCUUUCAGAAAUGCAUUUUGCACUAGGAGAAUUCCCUUUCAAAUACUUGGGGGUGCCACUGUCAACAAAAAAGCCAUCCACUCAUCAAUGUAUGCCACUGGUUUUCUUACUACCGAAAAAGAUACUACACAUGAUUACUACUGCAUGUAGAACAUUCCUAUGGACGGGAAGUAAUGAACCAUCAAAAAGAGCUUCAGUAUCAGGGGAAAGAAUGUGUAUGCCAGGUUCAACUGGAGGGCUGAGAAUUAUGGACUUCUACUCAUGGAACAAGGCUUCUUUGUGCAAACUUCUAUGGGCUAUCAAUGCCAAGAAGGACAUCUUAUGGGUAAAAUGGAUCCACAACUCUUACAUAAAGAGGAGGGAUGCCAUCACAAUGCCAACUCCAAAACGAGCUUGCUGGAUUGUUCGAAAGGUAUUUGACACAAGAGAAUGGUUUGGGUCUGUGAAUACUUCUGGAGAUGUCAAUGAAUACUGUAAACAAGGAAAAUUUAGCAUCAAGAAAGUGUACAUAGCCGUAAGACCAUAA